AUGUCAUAUAAAAAUCAGGAAACGCCUCAUUGUCCUCGUUGUGGUCAUGCUGCAUUUCAUGCUGAAUCAAUUCCAGUAGCUGGCAAAAUGUGGCAUAAGAUUUGUUUUCGAUGCGGUCUUUGUAAGAAAUCAUUAGAAAUUACAACAUUAGCCGAACAUGAUGGGGAUGUGUAUUGUAAACAAUGUUAUACACGUAAAUUCGGUAUUCGUGGCGUUGGUUUUGGUAUGGGUGCAGGUGCACUUGGAAUGGACACAGGUGAACGAUUCGGAAAUAGUCAAUCUCUUUCAAAUAAACCAAAUUAUCCACCAAUUCCUGGUAUUACGCCACCCAAUUGA